AACAUUUUAUUUCAGUUUAGCUUGUUUUUUUCUGCCCAGACUACCCACUGUCUGAAAACAGUGUUGGCGAUAAAGACAAACUGUUGAGUUUCAUAGUCCACAUUUCUCAAUCUUUUCAAUCUUCUUUUUGGUCGAAAGAUCUGAUUACCAGUUUUCAUCAUGUGACGCCAAAACUGUUGCCACACAUGAAUUGCAAGCCUUUUGACAUAAGGGACUCAAAAGAGGUGCCAGAGUUGACAACUUCAGUCUUUAGAUUACUUUAGAUUACUUUCAAGACCAGUUCUAAAUAUAUUUCUUACUGUGAUUGAAUUUUGUUAAACUAAUGUGUCUCCUGGCUGGAGAUCUAAAUUCCACUUGCCAAACGGUACAGUUGCCAAAACAUUUUUCUCUUACUUGAGGAAAAGGCUUAAUCCAUGUCUGCGAAACUGGGCCUUAAUGUUAGAAAAUGGUCAAAUAAUGAAAACAAUCUCCUUGAAAAUAUAAAGGGUGUAUUGAUUUUCCAUGAACACUAUAAUAUAGACUUGGCCAUUUCCGUACUGAUACUGCUUAGUGUAUUGGCAGCCAUUGCUGUCUGCUGCUCCUGGCAUGAGUCCCUGUUAAUCCUGCUUUCAAGAUGGUUAAUCGCCUAAAGGUAGAUUUACUAUAACAGGACUGCUGAGCUUUGAUAUUCUGAUUGAUUUAAACACUGCUCUUUCAUUUGGAAGCCUCAGCCUAGAGGUCUUAAAUUGAUGAUCCAACCAAAGGUCAUACACAUGAGUCAGUCAUAGGUCACUGGUGGCUUCACAGCCAGUAACUUCUCCACGGUUGCUGGUGCUUGUUCAACAACAUGGCAUGUGUUGAUCCUCUCAAAGUGUGAUUUUAGAUGGGUGAUUGGACAGGGAUUAUAUUGAAAAUCAGUUUGUCAGUCCAGUUAGUGGUACGUGUUUAUGCAAUCAUAAACCCUUAGCGUUUUGAUCACAAGUUAUAACAAUCUGUCUUUGGAGAUGUUUUCUACAGUUUAAAGGAAAAUGUUAUAUAUAAAAGGACUAAAGUGAUCUAUACCUACUGCAAAGCUUGGUAGCAGGAGCUGGAAAGUAUACAUAAAUGAUUGCAUUCUAUUUCACUUUCACUACAUAAAAAUGUAUUUCUGAAAUGGCUGAAAUAAAACGAAGCUUACUGGGGUCCCUUUGCAUAUUCUGUAAUUUAUGUUACAAUAACCCUAACCAAAACAGAUCCAGGUUGAGGUAUUCCCUGACCCCACUGCCACUGCAGGGCAAUCCUUGUUUCAAUAGGGUUAGUCUUGUGUUCGACUGUGGGUGGUGAGAUUCAGUGCUAUAAAAAUAGAAUGUUAGGCAAGGAAUUAAAGUUGUCAUGCAUGUUCUGCCAGUUCAGUGGAUAGGAACUGUUGUGCAAGUGUCCAAUACAUACUACAACUACUCUGCACGCCAGAAAUGUUCUUGAAUUCUUGGAAGUGUUCAGCUGUUAUCCAAUUUGUGUGUUAACUCUCUUUUUAAGGUUUACUUGCCAUGUGGCUUACAGCUUAGAUUAAGUCAGUCAAUGCAUUAAGUCUGUGCCUGUCUAGUGUUGCCGGCACUACACUAGCACAGCUUUCACCAGGCAGUCUACCUUUGCCAGCUCCCUGCAGUCAUCUGGGUGCUUUGGACAGUAUCCCCACUGCCGAAGCCUCUCUACACUGUAGAAAUCAUGGGUGCCCACGGCUCAAACAUGGAUGAUAUUUUGGCAGAGGACAUGCACCACUGGUAUAACAAGUUUAUGAAGGAGUCUCCAUCGGGUCUGAUCACCCUUUUUGAGUUAAAGACCAUGCUGGAGCUGCAGGGCAUGACAGAGGAAGCUGGCAGCUAUGUAGACCAGGUCUUUUUUACCUUUGACAUGGAUGGGGAUGGCUAUAUUGACUUUGUUGAAUACAUAGCAGCUGUAAGUUUAAUGCUGAAAGGAGAAAUCAAUCAGAAACUAAAGUGGUACUUCAAGCUUUUUGACCAGGAUGGAAAUGGGAAAAUUGACAAGGAUGAAUUGGAAACAAUAUUCAAGGCUAUACAGGACAUCACCAGGGACUAUUCUAUUCCUCCUGAGGAAAUUGUUACCCUUAUAUAUGAGAAGAUUGAUGUUAAUGGGGAAGGUGAGCUGACCCUGGAGGAGUUCAUCAGUGGAGCAAAGGACCAUCCGGACAUUACAGAGAUGCUCGCCAAAAUGAUGGAUCUCACACGAGUCCUGGAAAUUAUUGUUGAGGGACAGAGGAAAGUUUGCUGAGUGACUCUCUGGUUGCUUAUACAUUGGACUAUACAGAAUAAUUUAAAAAAUCUAAGCAAAGGAAAGAAGUGGAAAGCAAUGUAAAAUAACUUGUGAAAAAGGAGACUUUGAUCGCUCCUAUAAUUAUAUCUCAACUGAUCUGAGGAUGGAAUUACAGAGCUAACAACACUGCUUGACAAUGAGUUCUAUAAGAGAAUCACCUGAGACAAUGGAGACCUGCUUGUGAUCGCCUAUUCUUAGUUCCUCUACUCACCAAAAGAUUGUCUUAAAAAUGUUUCCUAAAACAGAAAAUCUAACAUCAAUUAAGCUGUGACAACAAGUCUAACCACAUAUUUAUCAAGCUGUGGACAUCCCGCAGAAUGGAGAAAUAGUAAAUUAGGUGUUACACUGGCAAUGUUGAGUAAUGAUUGCUGGUUGCUGGCUGCUGGUUGAUCAUUUACUGUUGUAAGGGAUUUAACAAAUGAUGUUUGCUGGUGGCACUUUCCACAGAGAGACAAGCUGUGUAGUGCACAUUUUAAAAUGGUUAUUAUGCAAUUCCUCUAUUUUCUACUGAAUUUAAUAGAACAUACGUUGAGCCAUCAGACUAAUUGCAGUUCAUGUACCUAUUUCAAUACAAGGCCACCCAAUCCCUACUCACAAAUGGAAAAGAUUGCACUUUAUAGAAUGAAAUGUCCCUAACCAACCUGUUUUAUUCACAUUAACUGGUCACAAAAUGACAGUAUUCAUGUUAAAUAAGCUACUGCCUCUCUUGUUAAAUUUGAUUGUCUGUGACUGUGAAAUCAUUGAGUGUAUAAGGCUGUAAUUUUACAGUAUAU